GCGGUACAUGAAGCGGGGUCCAGGCCAAGCUAGAACGCGAGUUUGGGAUGACGUAGGUGCGAAUCUCGUGGGCGGAAUGGCGUGGCUGUAUGCAGGCUAAAGUAGCUUGAUAUCAAUAUAACCCGAGCUGCUGUCAGCUCCCCUUGCCGUCAGUUCCUCUCGCCGUCAGCACCUCUCCAACACAGCAACCAGCACCUCUCCGACACAGCAAUCAGCACAAACUCACCCCAAUAGCAGUGAAAAUGUCUGAGAACUCGGGAUCCAACAACCCCUUCGCGCGGCGCGAGGAGUUCUCCAACCAGUCCAUUCUUCUCUACAAGAUCUCCACGGGCCUUUCCUACACGAUCCUGCUCGUCACAGCCUUCUACUACUCCUUCAACCAGCCCAACGAAGGCCACGGCCCACACCACCGCUUCUGGCAGCAUCAGCCUGCAACGCCGUUCGCGCAGAGCAGCAUCAUCACCAGCAUAUACUGGAUCGUCCUCUUCGUCCUGCAGCUCGUCUACGCUUACUCCCUCUGGUCCAGCAACACCACCUACCUCAUCGCCGCCGCCAACAUCGGCACGCACUACAUCACCUCGAACCUGCUGCUCUUUGGCUUCAUCCACCUGUGGGUGCGCUCGCACUUCUGGCUCGCGGAGCUGCUGCUCGUCAUCAACUUCUUCAACCUCAGCUUCGCCUACUUCCGCCACAGCACCACCCCGCGCGCCAUCCACAUCGGCACGAUUGCGGGCCCGCUGGCGUGGAACUUCGUCGCGCUGUACUGGGUUGGCGCUGUGGCAUUUCAUAGCACCCAUCUUGCUGGUCGCAUUGUGGCUAAUGUGUUUAUCUGGGGAUGGCUUGGGUAUGGCGUGUUCUUCCUGGCUGCGUACAAGGACUACACCAUGGGCUUUGCGCUGUCGGUGUUGAGUUUCUCGACUGGUGUUGGCCAGUUCUUGAGCAAGCUGCCAAUUCUGCAGUUGCAGUGGAUUUUCGCCUUUACCAUUGGCGGGCUUCUCUUCGUCCUCUCGCUUGCCGUCGGCGUGCCGGGGUUGUUGGGCCGUGAUCUGUUCCCCCGCGGCCAGAUUGUCAACGAGGACCGCGAGCGCGCGCCGCUGCUUGCUGAUGAGUAGAAUCAACGGGGCGUUUGAGAAGCGAGUGGUGCCAUGCUGAGCGUGGACUCGGACUCGAACCGACCAGCCAACAUCCAAAAAUUAGUCCUGCAGAGGGUUGCUGAUCUCUUUCUAGCGCACGGUGUCGAGAUGCAGGGUCAGCAUUACCAUGGCGUUGGGCACAUUUUCCCUCUUUUUGAAGCGCACUUGCCGCCUCUCCCUCGUAGUAUUCAUCUCUUAUAGUCAAUUGAACAAAAGUUCUCAGUCCAUCGGUUGCCGCACCGUCAGACAGCCUCGGCCUAACGUUCGCAUUACGCC